CUCCAGGAAAAAACGAAAGCCCAAGUUGCCUUUUGAAAAAGCACCUUUGAGUUCGCCCUUUAUUUACUCUUUUCAAGCAACGCAUUAGACUCUAAGUAGCCCCGAACAGCAUUACAGAAACAAUCAGAAGAGUAAUGAUUACGAUCAGAAAAUAUACCGAGCGAGAACCACAGGCUUGGGCCCUACGAUGCAACACAGGACAGCUGGGCUUUGAGAGGCGUGCUCGCAAUGAUAUCAUAAAGGAGGCGGGUUUGGGGAGACGCCGUCGGGCAUGCGUGCUUCCUCUCGGCUCCAAAACCCACUGAAGGCUGGCGUUUCGGAUUGCUGGUCCUGUUUUUCGCAGGGGUAUCAUGAUCAAGCGUUUUCUCCUCUCCGGCUUCCUCCAGCUCCACCGCUGUAGUGGCGGCUCCGUUUCGUUUCUUCCUCUCAGUGUAUCAGGAAACUUAUGGGGAAGAUCCCAAAGUGUAGCACUGAAUCAUCCAAAAAGUACGGAAGGAGAAACUACUACUAAGGAGAUUGGACGCUAUCCAAUACCCAAGAAGACAGAUUUGCCAUAUGAUAUAGUGGAGCUCAUGGAAGAAAUUGAAGUAAAGACUGGGUUUUUGCCCAACGUGUUUAAGGUUAUGUCUCAUCGGCCAGCAGAAUUUAGGGCAUUCUUUGCCUAUUACAAUGCCAUCAUGAACAAAGAGACAGGAAACCUAAGCAAGGCUGACAAAGAACUCAUUAUUGUGGCUACCAGUAUUGUCAACAAGUGUCCCUAUUGUGUAAUUGCACAUAGUGCCUUACAUCGUAUCUACUCCAAGAAACCAACUUUGGCAGAUCAGGUGGCUGUGAAUUGGCAACUGGCUGAUCUAAGUGACCGGGAAGUGGCCAUCCUUGACUUUGCCCUUGCUAUCUGCAGAGCAGAUAACAUAACGGAAGAGCACUUUCAGAAGCUGGAGGCACGCGGAUUUGAUCGAGAAGAUGCCUGGGACAUAGCCUCCAUUUCAGCUUUUUUUGCCAUGUCAAAUCGCUUAGCUCACUUCAUAGAUCUGCAUCCCAAUCCAGAAUUCUAUAUCAUGGGAAGAAUACCAAGGGACAAAAAACCCAGUUCCUCCUAAAACUUGUUGAUAUCCUAAUCUGUGCAAACACUGAAGUCAAGCUUGACUACUGAAUUACGAAAAUGGACCAGUUUUAGAAGCAGUGAAAAGAGAAUUAAACUUUACUUUUGAUUGUACAAUACUUCUGAAUUGGAACGAAUUUCUUUAAAAGAAAAAGUGAGAUUAGAUACUUGUAGUUUCUUUUGAUCAUAACUAAAAUAUGAUUAGAAGUUAGAACCUCACAUAUUUUAUUUCUAUGUAGCUAACUAAAUACUAUAAGACCUUUUUAUCCUAACAGUUGGAAAAUACAAAUAAGUCUUGUUUACAUUCUCAUUUCCUCCAAAGUACUGGCAAGCAUGGUUGAUUCCUAAAGGCUUAAGUUUUUGCACUGGAUCAGGAAUCUUUUUUAUUUUAAUGAGCUUUAUAAUGUAAUUCUAUUUCUUCUUGGAUUUAACAAUGCUUUCAUACAUUUGUGAAUUUCAGCUUUUUUAUCCUUUGAUUAAAAAAGGUCAUGCAAACAACUGAAAAAUGGAAGGAAUUAAACAGUUACAAUAAAUUAA